CACUCGUUUUAUCUUGUUCUCUUCUUAAUCUUUUAACAUAUAAUAAAUAUAGUCGCAAACAGGAAACAGCAGAACUGGUGGGGAGCAUAGCUGCAUAGGAGACCAAAGUUCCCUUUGAUCGAGCUCCAUCCUGUCCCUUCUCCUUAUCUUUUGCAGUACUCGUAAUGGCUUCAUGGUCUUCUUUAGUGGCGACACUUCCUCAUACAUGCUCAUCGAGAUUCAGAGAUGAUUCAUCCUUUUCUUCUUCGAGGGCUCGUUUAGACCUCUUCAUACCACGUAUUCCUACUGUCAAAUGCAGAAAUGCACACCAAUUCGAUUCGAAAAGUCUGCCGGUCUCUCGCAGACAGAGGUGUCUAUAUGGUGGAGGAAAUGGAAGAUCAGGAACUCAUGAGAGAAGGAAUGCCAUGUGGAAGCAAUAUGUUUCCAUUCUUGAUGAACGAGUCUCUAUGAUACCUUCACAGGAACAGCAGAGGUGCAUUUCUUGUUUCCAAAAUCACCGCAGAUAUCAGCCCAGUGGUAAAAGAUACAUAUCAAGAAUCUUCCUUGACAAAUCAGUAUUUCCAUUGUCAAAUAAAUCACUUGGAAACAUCUCUGUCAAGCCAGCUUAUGUUCCCUGUGCAACUGUGGGUCCAGAUGAGCCUCAUGUAGCAGGUACAGCCUGGCCAGAUGCUCUUCUAGAGAAACAAGGUCCGGAUUUCUUGGAUCCUGAAACUGGACGGUCAGAGUUCGAAGGAUUUUUAAACUCUCAACUUCCAUCUCACCCCAAGUUGUACAGAGGACAGUUGAAAAAUGGACUGCGCUAUCUUAUUCUACCAAAUAAAAUUCCAGCAGAUAGGUUUGAGGCACACAUGGAAGUUCAUGUGGGAUCAAUUGAUGAAGAAGAAGAUGAGCAAGGAAUUGCACAUAUGAUUGAACAUGUUGCAUUCCUUGGAAGUAAGAAGCGUGAAAAGCUUCUUGGAACAGGAGCACGAUCUAAUGCUUACACAGAUUUCCAUCAUACAGUGUUUCACAUCCAUUCUCCUACAAGAACGAAGGAUUCUGAUGGGGAUCUACUUCCGUUUGUAUUGGAUGCACUGAAUGAGAUAGCUUUCCACCCAAAAUUCCUUGCUUCUCGGAUUGAGAAAGAAAGACGAGCAAUUCUGUCAGAACUACAAAUGAUGAAUACAAUAGAAUACCGUGUUGAUUGUCAGUUGUUACAACACCUGCAUUCAGAAAACAAGCUGAGCAAAAGAUUUCCAAUUGGAUUGGAAGAUCAGAUUAAGAAGUGGGAUGCAGAUAAAAUUAGGAAGUUUCAUGAGCGAUGGUACUUCCCUGCAAAUGCAACCUUGUACAUAGUGGGGGAUAUCGAAAACAUUUCCAAGACAAUUUAUCAGAUUGAAGCUGUCUUUGGAAGAACAGGUGUUGAAAAUGAAACAACUGCAGCACCAACUUCUAGUGCAUUCAGUGCAAUGACAAGUUUUCUUGUUCCAAAGCUGCCAGUUGGUCUUGGUGGGGCUUUGUCUAAUGAGAAGUCGGUUCUUCCCUUGGAUCAAUCCAAAUCUAUUAAAAAGGAAAGGCAUGCAUUUCGUCCUCCUGUCAAACAUAUAUGGUCUCUACCAGGAAGUGGUGAGGAUGCUAAGCCCCCCCAGAUUUUUCAGCACGAGCUACUUCAAAAUUUCUCUAUAAAUUUGUUCUGCAAGAUUCCUGUGAACAAGGUUAGAACAUAUGGUGACUUGCGCAAUGUUCUGAUGAAGAGAAUAUUUUUGUCAGCUUUGCAUUUUCGGAUCAACACAAGAUACAAGAGCUCAAAUCCUCCUUUCACAUCAAUUGAAUUGGAUCACAGUGAUUCUGGAAGAGAAGGGUGCACUGUCACUACACUUACAGUUACUGCAGAGCCUAAAAACUGGCAGAGUGCAAUUAAAGUUGCUGUUCAAGAGGUUCGAAGGCUUAAAGAGUUUGGAGUUACAAGAGGUGAAUUGGCUCGCUACAUGGAUGCACUAUUGAAAGAUAGUGAACAAUUAGCCACGAUGAUUGAUAAUGUACCAUCUGUGGAUAAUUUAGAUUUUAUCAUGGAGAGUGAUGCUCUAGGCCAUACAGUUAUGGAUCAAAGACAAGGACAUGAAAGUUUGGUUGCUGUUGCUGAAACAGUUACACUUGAAGAAGUAAAUUCUGUUGGUGCAACUAUGCUAGAGUUUAUCUCGGACUUUGGGAAGCCUACUGCACCACUUCCAGCAGCAAUUGUUGCAUGUGUUCCUAAGAAAGUGCAUAUAGAUGGAGUAGGCGAAACCGAGUUCAAGAUUUCUCAAAGUGAAAUUACAGCUGCUAUAAAAUCUGGUUUGGAGGAACCCAUAGAGGCUGAACCAGAGCUAGAGGUUCCAAAAGAGUUGAUAUCAUCAUCACAGCUGCAAGAAUUAAGGUUGCAACGGAAGCCAUCCUUUAUUCAGUUAAAUCAAGAUGGAGACACUACAAUUGCGUUUGAUGAGGAAAUAGGCAUCACACAGCGCCGCCUUUCCAAUGGGAUACCUGUAAAUUACAAGAUAACAAAAAAUGAAGCUAGGACUGGAGUCAUGCGGCUGAUAGUUGGUGGUGGAAGAGCAGCUGAAACUUCUGAGUCUAGGGGAGCUGUUGUUGUUGGUGUUCGAACUCUCAGUGAAGGUGGUCGUGUUGGGAAUUUUUCAAGGGAGCAGGUUGAGCUUUUUUGUGUGAAUCACUUGAUAAAUUGCUCUUUGGAGUCAAUAGAGGAGUUCAUCUGUAUGGAAUUUCGCUUUACUUUAAGAGAUGAUGGGAUGCGUGCAGCUUUUCAGUUACUCCAUAUGGUACUAGAGCAUAGCGUCUGGCUAGAGGAUGCUUUUGAUAGAGCCAAGCAACUGUACUUGUCAUAUUAUAGGUCAAUUCCUAAAAGCUUAGAACGGUCAACUGCCCACAAGCUCAUGUUAGCAAUGUUAAAUGGAGAUGAGAGGUUUGUUGAACCUACACCAAAUUCAUUGCAAAAGUUGACAUUGCAAUCUGUAAAGGAUGCAGUGAUGAAUCAGUUCGUUGGUGAUAAUAUGGAGGUUAGUAUUGUUGGGGAUUUCACUAAGGAUGAGAUCGAGUCUUGUAUUCUUGAUUACUUGGGGACAGUUGGGGCAACAAGGAGUGCUGAAGUAGAGCAUAGAUUUAACGCAAUUAUGUUUCGACCAUCCCCAUCUGAUUUGCAGUUUCAACAGGUAUUCUUGAAAGACACUGAUGAGAGAGCAUGUGCAUAUAUUGCAGGCCCAGCACCAAAUCGCUGGGGUUUUACCAUUGAGGGGCAAGAUCUCUUUGAGUCUAUUAAUGAGAGCUCAAAUACAAAUGAUGAAGAAUCUAACUCCGAGGAAUCACUCCAGGAGUGGAAGAAUUCUGAAAAGGAUCCACAAAGAAAACUCCAAGGUCAUCCCCUAUUCUUUGGCAUCACACUAGGGCUAUUGGCUGAGAUCAUAAACUCUAGGCUUUUUACAACGGUGAGGGACUCGUUAGGAUUAACGUAUGAUGUAUCCUUUGAAUUAAGCCUUUUUGAUCGGCUGAAGUUUGGAUGGUACGUGAUAUCAGUAACAUCAACUCCUGGCAAGGUUUAUAAGGCUGUUGAUGCAUGCAAGAGUGUUCUUAGAGGUUUAGAGAACAACAGAAUUGCCCAAAGAGAACUGGACAGGGCAAAACGUACAUUGCUGAUGAGGCAUGAAGCUGAAACCAAGUCAAAUGCAUAUUGGCUUGGAUUACUUGCUCACUUGCAAGCUCAUUCUGUUCCAAGGAAGGAUAUAUCUUGCAUCAAAGACCUCUCUCUGUUGUAUGAAGCUGCCACUAUUGAGGACAUAUACCUUGCAUAUAAACAUUUGAAGGUGGAUGAGCAUUCUUUAUUUUCAUGCAUUGGAAUUUCUGGGGCUCAGGCUGGUGAAGAGCUCUCUGCAUCCUUAGAAGAGGAAGAAUUAGAUACAGGGCAUCAGGGGGUUAUCCCCAUUGGACGUGGUCUAUCAACAAUGACACGGCCAACAACAUGAUCUUCUUGGAGCUCGAACUAAUGUGAUCUUGUCGUCUUCCAUAGUAAAGGGAUCUUGAGCAAUAGGAGGAGGUCGUGUACAUGGUGAUUUGAGAAGCAAUUUUGAUAAAAUGGGACGCACUCCUAAUGAAGGAAUUCUCUGAACAUGGUGGAGAGGGGAAAUCAUCAGGGACGCCUAAUGGGAGCUACAAAACUGUUAAUAUCAUAUUGUUUUCAAGUUAAAAAGUUUUUUUGUUUGACGAAAUCUAUUCUUUCAAAAGCAAUAUAGUCCGCAAGGAAUAUUAUCCGACCAAGUAAGCCCUUUACCUUAACCAUAUAUUUUUCUUUUCCUUUGUUUUCCUUUUUUUUUUUGGUUAUGUACCAAAUAAGACAUGGAAUUAAAAGUAGCAUUUCACCAAAGAGAGUAUAAAAAGAGAUCCUAUUCAGAAUAUGUGGCUGGAUAAAUGCCAGAAUUAAGAAGAGGUCCAAUCCAGAUUCUUUGGCUGGAACAGGCAGUUGUCCCUCGUACAGUGAAACUGUAUUAGUAGAUACUAUUUUUUUUUUCACUCCGAUUGUUCAGGGUUUGAUGUCCUCUGAUUCUCUGUUCUUAAAGCGGUCAAAAUUUUUCUGUUGCUCUUA